AUGCCUGAACAGUGCAAAUUCCCGAGCGGAAGUAGUUCUAAUUCUUGUGAUCAAUGUUUCCGAACGAAGCAGAGCUGCUCUAAACAUCCACUUCAAUGUCAAAGAUGCGCUGAACUAAAAAGCUCUUGUACAUAUAGCUUUGGUAAAUUUAUGGGAAGACCCAAGAGAAACUUCAAGAGCCGUCGGCAGUUCCAAAAUGAGACAAAAGACGGCCAUGAUCGGCUAGAAACUUCGACAUAUGAUGAAAAUUCAAAAAUAUCAUUAGAAGGCCCUGAAAUGAUACAAAAUUUGACCAUCUUACCAACUUCAAUGACAUCAGAUGAAUCAUCAGACUGGUGGCAGUACCCUAAUGAAAACAAAGAAACGAUCAAUUAUCCUUUUAGUGUGGAUGAUGUCGAAAAUUCUUCUGGAACGCGAGAUCGAUCUCAGCAAACAGCACCCAAAAAGGCCACGAAGACUUCCGCAUGUGAUCAAUGCUAUCGAUUCAAAGUCAAAUGUACAAGAGAGCCAGAUUGCUGUCAAAGAUGUAGUCUAAAUGGUAACGCAUGCACCUACAGUGCUGCCAUUGACCUAGAGCGAUCCCGAAAAAGAUCUGCUCCACCAUCAACAGAGUCACCCAAAAAGAAAAUCUCUUUAUCGCCACAGACCAAGCCAGUUCAAACCAUGGAUGGCAUUGACCCGAGUUCCACUACAAUAGACCCGAAUUGCAACGAGAUUGAGAAUUCCUGUCACAAAGAUUUGGUCACUCUACAACCACAGCCAAGAUAUCAAAAGCACAAUAGAUCAGUCUCUGCACCUGAGAUUCCUACUUCUUGUCAGCCAAUUUCAGCUCUACAUGAACCGACUCAAGUCAUAGAUGAGUGUGACAUUUCUUUUCACGAGUCUUCUCAAUACUAUAGCGAUAGUCUUCUCAGUAUGCCAUCACUAGACAUAUUUUUUGAUAAUGAGAAUCCUCCACAUGAUAUUAACUUCAAUAUCGGCGGGGAUGAAAGUCACGAGCAAUCGCGCGGAAGUGAAGUACCUUCUAAAGAAAACAACCUUGACCCAAUUUUGGCAGAGAGAAUUCCAGGAGGUUGUAACUGCCUUCAAUCUGCACUUUUGAGUCUCUCAAAUUUGCAUGCUGUCGUCUGCGGUAAUCUCAAUUCAUCGUUAGAUGGUAUAUUCGCUGCAGCACGAAAUGGCCUAUUCAUUUGCGAAACUUUAACCCUAGCCCAGUGCUCUUCUUGCGAGCUCAGUUCCACUUCAACGUUGUUGAUGCUUUGCGUGGCAAUUUUACAGCAAGUAUACAAUGCUUACGAGUUACUUGCCAAUCCUGCCGGCCUAUCCACAGAAGGCUUGAACGGGCCUGACAAGAAAAUGACAUUGAGCAUAAAAAUUGGAGAUAUGGAGUUCACUGAUAUUGGACACAAUCCAAGUAUUUUGAACGCCAUCCUCAAGACGGAGAAGGCAAAAGCAGAAAGGAUCUGUGUGGAGCUAGAGAAAACGGUCACCAAUGCUCAAUGUAGAGAUUCUGUUGGAGUAGGAAAGGAAGAGACUAUGGUGCGCGAAGGAUUGGUUAGCUUGAUUGAGAUUUUCCGUGGGCGAUUUAUCACUGAAGUGGCGUAG